UCUCAUUCCAAGCCUGUAUCGCUUAUUUCCCGCGUUCAUCCAAGCAAAACCCCGUUGAAACCCGGUAUUGGCCUACAGUCGCGAUUUUGAAGACAUAUACUUCGCAAUAGUUCAUAAUUGUAUUCCAUGCGGUCUCUAUUAUAGUCGAUAAACCAGGCCUAGAGCCUGCGAGCGAUCCGGUGAUCCAGUCAAGAUGUUUGGCAGCUCGCGAAGGCAUCGGCCUCCAAACCCCCCUUUAACCUCCGCGACCGCAAACCCAAAUGCUGCAUCAGCUGCCGCAACCGCCUUCAUGUCCGCCUCAAAUCAUAAGCCCAGCAGAUCGUUGUCGUCAGCUGCGGCGGCGGCAGCACUGCGGGCGCGUCCUCAUACACCGACAAACGUGGGAGAAGUUCAAACGAAACGAACGAUGCGUCGAAGUGCAUCAGUAUCCUCGGUAGGUAGCGCCAGCACCGGUACCGCUGGUUCGCGUCCGACUGCGCAACUUCAGAGAAAGGGUAGCUCGGGAAGCAUGACGGAACGUUCUUUUCGGAGUCCUUCGCCACAUCGAACUGGUUCGGUACACACACCGGAAGUGCAUCCUCCUGUUCCACAAAUCCCGGCGGGUCAUAAGAAAUCAGUGAGCGCAGCUUCGUCAGGGGUAGGCAUGCAGGCUUUCCGAACUGCAUCCCAGAAGAUGAAGAUUGGACAUUCGUCCUGGUAUACUGAACCGUCAGGCGACCCAAAAAAUGUAAGGACAUCUGAUGCGCCGAUGAAAACCAAUAAGCCCCAACUUCAAAAACCUGAAGGUGUCACUACUACGAACCAGAGGCCCGACAGUAGGAAUUCGGUGAACUUCUCAUAUCCGACUGCCUUCCGUGCCCAGUCGCCACCAGCUUCCCCUAGCUCUGCUCAGGCGCCUCAACUUCCUGGCCCGCCCGCGCGAACGCCUGCGUCGCCGCCGAGAUCCAAUAGGGCUUCCAUGUCUUCGAUCGGGAGCGGCAAGUCUGACCAACCAAUGGUCUAUGAUCGAAAUUCUAGGAGGAUGGUUCCAAGGACAACAGUAGAUAAUAGUGAAUACCAUGCCAGGGAAGCGACGGAGAAACAACCGAAAAAGAAAAAACAUGGCGGAGUAGCAAAAGGAGCAGUUACCAGAGUCAAAGGUACUACCAUAGACGCCGACGUGAAUGAGCGCAGCCUACUGAAACGAGAGCAACCGGCCAUCGAAGCGUUGCCAACAAUGGAGGAGUUGCAACUCCUUGAAGAGCCUGCAGUUCAAGCUAUUAUUACAGCACCAGGGAAACCAACGCAUCAAGAGGAACCCGGGAGAAAUCGAUCGUUUCAAUCACGAGAUUUACAAGAAUCAGUGAGCCCACCCCCGUCUCGGUCUGCUCCCCACGAUUCGAGCACAAGCUCCCCAAUUGGUCACGUUUCGAUCCAGAAAACAUCUACCAAACAGGAACCCAAUGAGGUAUCCGAAGAAGUUAACACUAUUCCUCGGUCGUCGCAGAAGGUUAUUGAUGCGCUUGAUGCCGUACCGACGAGGCAAUCCAUUUUUGAACAACCCGAACACGCUCGACUUCUCGUACAAGAAACGGAAGAGACAGCUAAUCAGAGCCCAUCCGAUGGCAAUGCUCCUAAACAAAUCCAAACUCCCGUCGAGGUCUCAGCAGAGAAGAAAGAAACCCUCCUUGAAAACAGAGCAAUUCUUGAGCUAUCUAAGGAAGGGGGUGGUGUACGACGAUCUAAUUCGAAUAGUCCAGCUCGUCAAGCCCAUUUUUCAGUAACUCAUUCGGACAACCUCGCAGUGCGUCACACUCCCCUACCAAGAUCAGCCUCGCCUAUUAAGUCAGCCCUCAAACGUACCAGCCCAACACGCAGAGAAACAUCUCCAUCGGAUAAAAGCUCGGAUAUGUCAGGGUCCCGCGGCGCUUCACCGCACCAGCAAGAUGAAACUGCAGCCCAACGUAAGAAGUCGGUCCGCGUUAGUUUUGAUGACCGAACGAUGGCUACAAUAGUAGGAGAAUCCGCUUCAGCUGGAGAUACUGAUGAGUCUGCUCCACCAAGUCCGCAACAAGCCAAGCGACCAUGGUAUAGCAAUAUUGGGCGAGGUAAAAGAAGGGAAUUUACACUCGAGGAUGAUGAAAUCAUGAAGCCACGUCCCGCAUUACCGAGCUUCGGUAGUAUUAGAGACAAGAAAACAAGAGAAGCUGGCGAAAGGCCACUUGUGCGACCUUACGAACCGGCUUCCUCAUCCGUAACACCAUCUUCACCAGAGACCCGUCCGUCUACCUCCAGCGGUCCUAGUGACACAGGGAAGCCCGAAGAGCUCUCUAUCGGGCAAUCAAACGACCAGGCCAUAGGUUCGAUUCUUUCUCAAGCACAGACAUCGCGAAAUGCACCAAAUAUCUCAAGAUUCAGAGAACCAUUGCCACCAGUUGUGACUUCGGUCGAAGGGGGUGGUUAUAUGUCGGACAGUAUUGGAAGCUCUGAUUCUGACGACCUUCUUAAUAGUGUCACGGGUGCAAGUGAUACAGAGGAGAUUCCCAGCACGCAGAUCACCCAACUAGAGACAAGGGAUAACUCACAAAAUAACUCCACCAUUCUUGAGAAGCCAGCAGAAUCUGAAGAGGCACCAAAAGCGAUUCAUCUACAAGAAGUUCCAGAAAUUGCUAUUAUCCAGCCUAGUCCAAGAGUUCCAGAGAGAAGCACUUCAGCCAUAAACUCAUUAGGGGACCACUACUUUGACGUACCAGGCGGCUUUCCAAUUGACAAGUCAGAAACAGCCCGUAAUAUCCAAGAUAAGGUCAAUGAAACGAAUAAGGGAUCCUUCGAUAUUUCACCUGCCACUUCUCCCAUUUUCGAGCCGAAAGCUGUAAUACAUCCUGUCCAAGCCGAAACAUUACCCCAAACUACACUUUCUACUACAACUCCGCUAGAAGCGGGAGACGACGAGCCUACGGAUGACUCGCAUUCAAGUAUAUACAGUGAUGCAUAUGAAGAUCUCUCUGAUAUAGAGGGGGACGGUUUCAUGUCUUUGAAUGCUGUGGUUGAGAAGCCUAUCAACGAGGUUACACCAUCCCAGCUUCCUGGGUUAUCACAGCAGCCCAAGGCAAAUAAGCAGCUUCAAGUCACUAUCAAAGCCCCAGAGCCAAAACAAGGUAACGAUUGGGAACAAGCCAAGGCAUUCUGGCGUAGCUUAACAGCCGAGAAAAGACUUCAGCUUGAGCGCGAGGCGAUGGAAGAGGCAGGCACGGAAGGUGAUGAGGAAGAUGUUCCACGCCCUAUUAGAAGAAAUAGUAACAAGAAGAAAACUACACAGCAGCAGCAGCAGCAGCAGCAGCAGCAACAGCAAGCAGUUCCUGAAGCUCAGCCCCAACCACCGAAGGCGCUAGCGGAACCUAUCGUAUUCAUCAAACCCGAAAAAGCACAAAAGAGUCGGCCUCUCUCACAGCCUAAUCCUGAACCUAUUAGUCCGCAGCCAACAUCAUCGCGGAUACGCAUGUCCUUGCGCGGAGAUAAGCCUGGACAGGCAGAUGGGAUCCGAAAAACAAUGCGAUCUCAGGCAGCGACAAGUGAGACCAGCCAACCUACCACACGCCGAACUACGCAGCGUGAAGUAUCUACAGCUACCUCAUCGAAAUCAGCCCAACAUCAAAAUACCGCCACUAUUACUCAAAUAUCACCCACGAAUAGGACAAAAAUUGCUUUGCCUAAUGACAAACCUCCUUUACAACGUCGCGGGUCAGAUGCAAGCGAUAGUAGCUUUAAGCGUAGUCGUGCAGCACGCAACACAAGCUUUGGGUUUCGUAGUUCUAUGCGCCCAUUGUCUUCUCACCAAUCACAAGACACACCAAGAGGCUCUGGACGAUUCAGCUUACGGUCGCUAUCCCCAGCAGGUUCAUUUCAGCAGAGCUUAGCAAGCAAUGUUGUAGGGGGGACUACAGCGCCCGCGAUGCGUCGGACCUUGCGAUCUAGUAGUGUAUCGAGUCAAGAAAGGAUUCUUCCAUCCAUUCAUUUCCCAUCGUUCGGUCGGUCGAGCAAAGCUCCUACUUCGAAGCGUCCCAAGAGAUCAAGUCGUCUCGGCGACUCGAGCGACGAUGACGAAGGCGGAAUCGCCGGUUUUCGAAGCCGUUUCGAAGAUUCAAGUGAUGAGGAUAAUGUCCGUCCUAAGUCAUCGUCGCAAAACCGUCCACUCUCGAGGGUGACUUUGCGACCUUCCACUGCUGGUGGUGUACCUAACUUUAGGAAAUCCACACCUGUGCCCGAAGCAGACGAAGAUUCGCCCGAGCUACCUGACAGUGAUGACGAAAUGCCCAGUCCCCUACAGAGUCCGCGAAACCGAGCCCCUAUUGGUGGUGCGUUUCCACGCUCGAGCUCAUCAGCGCUUGGAACCGGCACGUUAACACGGUCGCGCUCCGGCCGAGGCAGUUUUAAUACGUCUGUAUCUACGCCUAUCGCGUCAGGUAAAGAGAGGCGAAGCUCACUAAUGGGAAUAUUGAAGCGCAACAAGAAAGCGGACUCGGCAAGCAAGAUCCAGCGUUCGGAACCUAUGGAAAGCGCAGCUAGACGUGACACCAGGCUGGAGCGAAGCAGUGAACAGUUGAGGGACCUCCGAGGCGAUUACACACCUAGCCCAAGAUUACAGAAACGGAACUCUCUAAAGAGAGGCGACGGUUGGCCUUUAGGUGAGCCUGCCGAGGGUGUAGGCGUGAAACGUUCCAAUUCAGCGGGUGACCUACUCGAUCAAGACAUCGCGGGUCCGGCCGUACAAAGGCCAGGUACCAGCGGGGGUAGACGGAGCACGAGCUUAGGGCUCCCAACCGCAUACGAUGACGAACGAGACAACGUGACUGUGGACGGACUGGGGCAGAAGAAGAAAAAGAAGUUCGGGGCGCUGCGCCGAAUAUUUCGGCUGGAUGAUUAGAGAGCAUCCUAUGCCGAAAAGAAGCAGCAGCAGCGCAAUGUAUUGAUGAAGAGGUGCUGUCGAGCCGAUUAGUUAUGGUGCAUCGGCUAUCAUUGCGAAUCACAACUUUCACUUUGUCGUUUUACCAGGACCGCGGGAGUUUCGGAUCCGGUCAAGGGCUCGGAAAGGCCUCUGAGAGGACAAUAAUUUCUAAAGUUGAUACCCGUUUUCUUGUGCGACGGACAUAAGCUCGCUUUGCAGCUACAUAGAAUUGCACAGCCCACGAUACUAAUAGGGCGAAUGAUCUUUUUUUAAUUACUUAUCUAUUGUUUUUUUUCCCUUUGUUGCAUCACCCGAAAG